AUGAAGCAAGCUCUGGAGAAGAAGGAUCGGGAUCUUGCCGCGGCCCAGAAGGAGGCGCGAGAGAAAACAACACUUGCGGACAAGAAGCUGGCCUCAGUCAGCAAGUUGGAAGAGGAGAACUCCAAGUUGAAGACCGCCGUUUCUCAAGCUAACCGGGAGGUCAAGCAACUGAAGAAAGACAAGGAAAGCUUGACCGACGAAGUUGGUAGCCUCAAGGCCAAGAAGGGCGAAUUAGAGUCUUAUCUGGGGCAGCUUGCUGCGAAGUUGGUCUUGAAGCUUGAAGAACUUUGUCAAGAUUUUGAAGCAAAAACUGGGCGGGUCGAAACGGGUCUCGACCCCAUAAACUCUCCUGUCCAAGAUGACGUUGCAAUGAAUGUGUUAUGGUUGGAGUCACGUAUGGACAGUGCUGUGGGUUAUCUUGCUCGACUGAAGGCGGCUAUGACGCGGAUUGAUGCUGAAAUCUGGCCUCAGGCGGAACUCUCACAGGAUCUCGAGUCUCUGAUGACUCGACUCAAUCAAAUACCCAAUCGAGUGCAAGAAUGGAAGAAAUCAUCUGCUUGCUGUGGCGCUGACGUUGCCCUGUCAUUGGUCCGAGUGCACUGCAAGGAUGUCAGAGAAGACAAGCCGGUAGCCCUCAAGGUUGCGAACACCAAAAAGCACAAUUUCCAGUCCUUCAUGGACACUUUCCUUGACGCCACCACUCGCAUCGCAGACAACAUCGACCUUGUCAGUUUCUAUGAUCCAGCAAGUCCUUCUCUCGACGAGUGAACAAAACAUUAUGCCCCACUUUUAUUUGCCUCGGAAUGCCAAGUGAUUAUGUAACCGUUAAAAUCUUUCAGGCUUGAUGCCUGAG